AUGGUCCCCCGGGGAGCACGGCCACAUUCCCGUGCCCUCAUCCCUGUCCCUGAUCUCCCUGCAGGCGACACCCUCAUCGUGGAAGAGGAGCCCUCCCCGGCACAGCCCGCGUCGCCCGCGCUCGCCAAGAGAGCCAUGAGCAGCGCGGCCAGGGAGGCAGCGCCCGUGCUGGCCCGGCGCGUGGUCCCCGCCGACAACUCCUGCCUCUUCACCAGCGUCUCCUACGUGGUGGAGGGCGGCGUCUACGACCCGGCCUGCGCGCCCGAGAUGCGCAGCCUCAUCGCGCAGAUAGUCGCCAGCGACCCCGAGUCCUACUGCGAGGCCGUGCUCGGGAAAACCAACAGGGAGUACUGCGAGUGGAUCCGGAAGGAGGAAACCUGGGGAGGAGCCAUCGAGGUAUCCAUUUUAUCCAAGUUUUACCAGUGCGAGAUCUGUGUAGUGGACACGCAGACAGUCAGGAUCGACCGUUUUGGGGAAGACGCUGGUUACACCAAGCGGGUCCUUUUAAUUUACGACGGGAUUCACUAUGACCCUCUCGAGCGCAAAAUCCCCGACUCGGACGUUCCUCCCCAGACCAUUUUCUCCACAGCUGACGACAUCGUCCUGGCGCAAGCGCUGGAGCUGGCGGAUGACGCCCGGCGCAAGAGGCAGUUCACCGACGUGAACCGCUUCACGCUGAGGUGCAUGGUGUGCCAGAAGGGACUGACCGGACAAGCGGAAGCCAGGGAACAUGCCAAGGAGACAGGUCACACCAACUUCGGAGAAGUGUGACACCUCCCUGAGGGUGGUGACAGCUACUACCUCACAGGUCCGGAAUUAAAUUCCGGAUUAUCACAUAAGCUGUAUGUAAUCAUAAAAUUCCGUUCACAGAGCUUGAAAAGCAAAUUAACGUAACGAUGGCCGAGACGCUGGGGUUCGCUGGGGU